UCAAGGUAAACAAAAAAGAUGGCCUCUCCGUUUCACGCCGAGGAAGAAACCUACGGCACCGGCGGCUCUAGAAAUAAGCCUUGCAGGACGUGUACGGACUUCAAAAGCUGGGCGUCCAUGCAGAAGGCCAGCAUGGACAAAAACAACAACAAAAAGUCGCAGGAGUCACCAAAACCGAUUAUAACAGAAUUACUUGACCAAAGAAACAACUGUCCAGUUGACAAAGACCAAUUAGGCCGUUCUUCGUGGACAUUCCUUCAUACAAUGGCAGCCUAUUAUCCAGACAACCCUUCAACAAGUGAAAAGCAAACCAUGACCCAGUUUUUGAAUUUAUUUUCCAAAGUGUACCCUUGUCAUAUUUGUGCCGAAGACUUGCAAAAAGAUUUAAAGUCGGCACCUCCAGAUGUGUCGUCGCAGUCAGCCUUUUCCAACUGGAUGUGUCAGCUACACAACAAAGUCAACGUCAAACUUGGGAAACCUGUGUUCGACUGCAGCAAAGUGAACGAGAGGUGGAGAGACGGUCCUUCGGAUGGAUCAUGUGAUUAGUGAGUAAAAGACUAUUUUUGCAAUACACUUUGCAGAGAGAGAAGAACACAAAGAAGUAGUAUUUUUGUGAAUAUUUGCUUUUUUGCAAAAUAAAUUAUUCCAUUUUUAAGUCAAUUUUUAUUAUGUUUGAAAUUGAAUUUAAUCAUAAUACCUUUAUAGAAUUUUUAAAAUUUUAUAGGUGAAAAAUAAAUUAAAACAGCUCA